AUGGUCGCUCGUUCUGGCUUGCGAGACGCGUAUGUCAUGUUGAUCUUGACGCGUGGUCUGCGCGGUGUCCGUGGCUCGAAGCCGGGAGAUCAUCGCAAUGCACUCUACAUGUUCGUCCAGCCCUUUGUCUGGGUCAUGACGCCGCAAGAGCAGCUCACGGGCGGCAAGGCUAUCGUGACACGGACCGUGAGACGAAUACCGCCUGGCUCUAUAGAUCCGACGGUCAAGAAUCUGCAGUGGGGAGAUUUCACGCGAGGUAUGUUCGAGGCUGCGGAUCGUGAGGCUGGACAUCCUUUCCUGACUGACGGCGACGGCAACUUAACGGAAGGAAGCGGAUUCAAUGUGGUGCUUAUCAAGGACGGCAUUCUGUACACACCAGAUCGAGGAGUGCUCCACGGAGUGACACGGAAAAGUGUGCUAGAGGUUGCUUCGGGCAUGAACAUGGAAACACGGGUCGAAGUCGUGCCCGUUGAGCUCGCCUACAUGGCCGAUGAGAUCUUUACUUGCACAACUGCUGGCGGAAUUAUGCCGAUCACCUCGCUUGAUGGAAAGUCGAUCGGAGAUGGAAAGGUGGGACCGAUUACAACAAAAAUAUGGGAUGCAUAUUGGCAGCUACACUAUGAUCCGAAGUACAGUUUUGCCGUGGACUAUUUUACCGGAUCGGACGCUCGGACUUCGAAGCUGUAG